CUCUGAAAAGUUUUCCUUCUAAAACUAGAAUGAUUGGUGAUGGAGAGAAGAGAUGAUUAAUAGAACCUCCUUUACCAGGGCAGGGAGAAGAGCAAAAAACUCUACAAAGUCCAUUGGGAAUAUCUGUGGGCAGAUCUAAUUUACCUGGUAACAUUACUCUUCGGCAAGCAAGUUGAGACUGAAUUCUGGAAUUUGUUUUCUCUGCCACGUGUCAAUAAUAAGAAAGAACUUGUAUUAAAUUGAAGAUAAGUAAAGGGUCCUCCAACUGGACUGCUGAUUUGGGUCUGGUAGAGAGCUGUCUUCAGCACCUCAUCAUGUAUCUGCUUUUUGUUGUUUAGACAAGCCUGGACAUUUCUGUACACACAGUCCUCAGCUAUAUCAGAAGAAGAAAUUCAGGUGAAGAAAAUCAUGCCUUUGUUCAGUAAAUCGCACAAAAAUCCUGCUGAGAUUGUAAAAACUCUGAAAGAAAACAUGGCCAUAUUGGAAAAGCAAGAUAAAAAAACAGACAAGGCAUCAGAAGAAGUGUCAAAAUCACUGCAAGCAAUGAAGGAAAUUCUGUGUGGUACUAGUGACAAGGAGCCGCCUACGGAAACAGUGGCUCAACUGGCACAAGAAUUAUACAACAGUGGCCUGAUAGUGACACUUAUAGCCAACUUGCAGCUGAUAGAUUUUGAGGGCAAAAAGGAUGUGUCCCAGAUAUUUAACAACAUCUUGAGAAGACAAAUUGGCACCCGAAGCCCUACUGUGGAAUACAUUAGUGCCCAUCCACAUAUCCUAUUUAUGCUUCUAAAAGGGUACGAAGCACCUCAUAUUGCCUUACGCUGUGGAAUUAUGCUGAGAGAAUGUAUCCGGCAUGAGCCACUUGCCAAAAUCAUCCUUUUCUCAGAACAAUUCAGAGACUUUUUCAAAUAUGUGGAAAUGUCAACGUUUGACAUCGCUUCUGAUGCCUUUGCUACAUUUAAGGACCUGCUAACAAGACACAAAUUGUUGGUAGCAGAUUUCCUAGAACAAAAUUAUGAUACAAUCUUUGAGGACUAUGAAAAACUGCUUCAUUCUGAGAAUUAUGUCACAAAGAGACAAUCUUUAAAGCUGCUGGGUGAACUGAUUCUGGACCGACACAACUUUGCCAUCAUGACAAAAUACAUCAGCAAACCAGAGAACCUGAAGCUAAUGAUGAACCUGCUGCGAGAUAAAAGCCCAAACAUUCAGUUUGAGGCAUUCCAUGUGUUCAAGCUGGGGAAUCAAUAUCUGGUUUGAAGGUUGAACAAUAAAAGAGUCUUUCUGAAUACUCGUGUGUUUUCUUUUGACAAACAUAUUUGUUACCAUUAUUGGUCAAUCUGAGUAUGUGAUUUUUGCUUCUUUGUUCUCUUGCAGACAAUCAAAAGUAAAGCACACUGCAGUAUAUUGUACACAAUGCACAUACAAAUCUAGAAUAGUAUCAGCCUCUCUUGGCUAUCAUGUUAAACAAUUCGAUUAUUUUGUGAACUCACCCCACAGUGGUAGUUCAGGAUAAUAUAACAUUUUUCUUAAGCAGAGAUGUAGCAAAAGAGGUUUUAGUGUUUAAAUCUAAAAAUAGAUUGUUUGACCUUAGCUUCAUUUUUCCAUUCUCUUUCAUGCACAUCACAAAGCUACGUCCUGUUGCUUAAUCUGCAAACAGUUCUGGAUAACUCGACAAUACUGACAGUUUCCGCUCAGCAUGGGGCGGAAGCUGAGUUUGUGUUGUUUCUGAGCUAUAGACUUGAUAAUUCUUUGGUCUGUAGAGGAUGUUGUAGGUGCAGCUACGUGAGCUUUCAUGUACUUCCAGCGACGUGGUAAUCCCCCUGCAAUGCAUAUGAGAAAAUCAUGGGACCAGUUUCAGCCCUGGUGGGUCGAUUGGUCUGUUGGUGUAUAGAGUGAUACAUGCUGGAUUUGGACCAUAAUCGCUAACCAUUUGAAAGUAGAUCAGAGGUUGCAGUGAACUGUUCUCAUCAAGAUCCUGUGACAUUCAGUAGCCUUGGCCUCUGUGUUAAAAAAACAAAGAUUAUCAGUGACCACACAAUGACUCAUUGCGCAUCAGACCAUUUUAGUAUCUUCAUCCCUGUUGUGUUCCCUUGAGGAGAUGAUGAUGACGACCCCUUGUCAUUAAUUGUGAGAACCAAGGUCAGACUCCAGAACUCUCUGAUCAAAUACUUUAUGGAGUGGAUAGGGAGUGUACAGUUUAUCAAUUUUGAUGGACAAUACUGAUUUAAGGCCAGCUAGAGGACAACUGUUCUAUUUCAUAGCAACUUUUGAGUUUUGACAUUUGUUUUCCUUACGUGUUGGAAUGAAAAAAAAAACUUCCAAACAUUUUCACAAAGCGAAGUUGUGUCAAAACUCCUCCGAAGUGACGAGAACUCUCAAUCACAAAACCCUUCCCAACAGAUAUGUUGUUGAAACCAGUACAUCUCCACAAAAUUAUUUUUUCAAAAAUAUUCCAACCAGCUAUAAUACUGAUGUUGUUUCCAGGAUAUCUCUUAUCUUUUUUUAUUGUCUUCAAGUGAAGGAUUGGCAGGAGAUUUUUAAAAAUAAAACCUCAUACUGGAUCUAGCCUCAAGGUAUAAAUAUUCUUUGUUGUAGAUGUGUGUAAAAUUUCUUUGUUUCAAUACUGUGACAUUGUGGUACUAUAGUUGCUUGAAGGAGCCAGUCAUUCAGUUUUAUAAUCCUUUUUUGAUCCCAGGAUUUGAAAAAAGUAUUUGAGAGUUGAAAUUGAGUCCUGCAGUAGGUCUAGUAGUCAAAAGAUGAUUUACAUUUGAGUCUUCUAUCUUUUAUGCCAGUUUUUCAGGGGGAGGAUUAUAACCUAUAAGCAAUCAGUCAAGAAACUAAAGAAUUCAGUCUAAUAGAAGACAUCAUCUCACAUUUAAUCAUUUGCCAUGCUAAUACAUAUUUUAGGCUAGAGCCAGUUUUAAAAUUAAAUCCUUUCAAGAAUGUUUUCAGGCUGUUCCUUUCACACUGUGUAGAUACAGUGUGGUCUAAAUGUUCAAAUUGACUAAUCAUUUUCAGUGCUUUAAUUUUUGGGUGGCCUACUUGAAACCUCUUAAAGGGGCCUGAUUUUCUGUGGGUGGGUGCUCAGCACUUUUUUGCAUGUCAGGCAUCCAAUGAAGUGAGCUGUAGCUCACAAAAGCUUAUGCUCAAAUAAAUUUGUUAGUCUCGAAGGUGCCACAAGUACUCCUUUUCUUUUAGGCUCCUUUAAGGUAUCUCAGAUUGGGCACCCAAAUCACUAGAUAUUUCUGAAAAUGCAAGGCAUUGCAAAUAUAUUUGCAUUGUCCUCUCACAAACAAUUAUUUUAUUUAUCUGAACUGAAGAAAACAACAUACAAUUUGUAUAAUAGGGUUAUUUGUAAUGGAAGGAAUGUUUUUAAAUGGCCAAAGCAGUGGCUGAACAAACUGCUAUCUGUACCUCUCAGUACACCCAAGGGGGCCAUGAGCUGACUAUCUUGAGAUCAAGGAACAUGCCCCUAAUAACAGACACUACUUUUUGAGAACUUGGAGCAUCUGGCAAGGAGGUUGCUCUAAAGGGGUCGUGGUGAAGUCUUGCACUGUUGAGUCAGUUGCCAUUGCUUGUGAGCACCUAGAGCUCACCAGGAAUUUUAAAAAAAAGUCCAUGACUUUAAAAGUUCAGAACAAAGGGUUGGAUUGUUGAAAAGAGGCCUCUUCUGGGGGCAGAUCUGCGCUUUGUGGUAUGGUGGGGGAGCUGCUGCAGUGGCCUUGUCCUUUCUGGAAUGUGGGAAUCUGCACAGGGGCCUGGGAUCUAGGCUUGGGAGACAUAUGCUCAGGCAUCAGUAAAGGCUACAGCUUCUUGCUGUGGAACCUCCCUUUGAAGGAGGCUGCAGGUGUAAGCAGGAGAAGCCCUCGGAGCCAGACGAACAAGGAGCCAAAAGAGAGUUACAGAGCGGACAAGAGGCAAGUGUCUCCGAAGUGAGGGAUUGCUGCAAAGGGAAGAUCCCAGCCUCUCACCUGGGUGACCCACAAAUAGCAACUCCAAGGCACUGGGCUGCCAGUGAGCUACAAAUGGCAGCGUUUACACUGUCCUUCUGCUCUGCCUCACUGCUGUGUCCUUGUGAGCUUAGCAAACAGAUUGAAAUGUACGUGGAUCCUGCUCUUGUAAAUUUCCAUUCUCAGACUGCUCGCUAGAAUGGACUAGGGAGGGCGAAGUGAAGGAUGUGACCUAAGUUCACAAACCAAAACAAAGCUGCUUGGUCUAAUUUUAGGCCAUUUCAAUUGAAUAUGGAAAUUCUAUCACCAACACAAGACUCGCCUGUUCUCCCAGUAAUUAUGAUUCUAAGACAUUUCAUAUUGGAGGGCCGUAUAUGUGGAAGUGAUCAGGGAUUUAUAGCCAACUUUCAACAGCUGUCUUUACAAUCAAACCAUUUGUCAAUAAAAGAAACAGAAUAAGGGAGAGUGAUAACAAGGUCAAGUGUAACUUCACUUCCAGCUGCUAAUGAGCAAGAUCAUGGGAAACUUUAACAUGUGUUUAAGAUACAGGGAUAGAUUUUCUUUCCUAUUUUGGCUGAUUUGGGGCCAAGAAAUGUGUUGGAUCUCCCCAGCUAAUAUGUGGCUAGUGCAAUCUGUUCCUGUGCCCUCCCUGCAGCUCCAGAGGCAUAGGUGCUUGUCAGAAAUGGAAGGGUCAUGGUCAGAGUGCAACUGCAUUAAUCCCCAGCUGGCAGACAACCUCUUGGUAGCCAUAGCCAGCUGUCAUACUUUAGACUAAAGGAUCUUGGGGGCUACUAUAAAGUAUGCUAGGCCUGAGGUCAAUGUAGAACUGGUCAUGGUCAGGUAGCUGCAACCAACAAAUAUGCAGCCCCUUCCCUCUCCCCUCCCACUGGGUACUGCACUCAGUGGAUACAGGGUAGGUACCAGAGAAUCUGGCCUCCAGCAUUCAGUUGACUCAACAGAGAAUGAUGUAGGGCAGUGUCAUGAUUGAUUGUUCAUCCCUCUCUUUCUGUCUCUGUGUUUGUAUGUGUGGUUUUGUUCGUAUGUUAGGUAUUUGUGGCCAGUCCAAACAAAACGCAGCCUAUCGUGGAGAUUCUAU